CCUUCCCAUUGGCAGUUAUUUAAAAGCCGUCCUUCAACCUCACCCACCGGCCAAGGAUUCGUUGGCAGUUGGAUGCCAAAUCCGAUCGACUUCGGUUCGAAAUCAUCCGAUUUUUCACUCUUUCGCGUCGAUUUAAAAUCCCUGAAACCCAUCACCAAACCCUCCAGUGCUCUUCGUCAUGAACCCUUCUCAAUAUAUCUUCUUACUCUUCGUUGGAACUUUCUGUGUCUAUGGAUUGUGGAAAACCAGUUCUCUUUCCUGGCGAACCUCCACGGUACACGCGAAAGCGUCGAUUCAGUUCGACCUCUCCAUUCCAUCGUCUUCUCCAUCCGUUUUCCGUCGAUUCUCUAACAAAACAAACAGAAAAACCAUCGGCAAAAGUCAUAAAAAGUAUCGUGGAGUCGUAUCCAAAUACAUGCUAGAGCUGUACCACCGCAGAUCAGACGUGGACAUAGUUCGAGCGUUAGAACCGAUCCAUGUGUCAGGUCCGACCAACGAAGGAGCCAGGAUUCUGGUAUUCUCGAUACCUCCGAUCGAUCCAGACGAAGCUCUAGAGGUAGCAGAAUUGCUCGGCGUUGUUGGAUCCAUUCUCAGAGUGCGUUUAGAUCAUACGGACGCUUUUGGAAGCUGCAAAUCGAGGAGGGACGAUAGUUGGAGGGCUUUCAAUGUUACUUCUGCAGUGGCUGCAAGGAGUGGUAGUGCCGUCAGAUUCCGAGUAUACGGUAGAGUCGGUUAUCAUCCUUGCGGAGACGGCCCAAUCUUGUUAUUGAGCUACGCCAAAGUGAGGAAGAGGCGCUUAAGGCGUUCCAUUCAAGAAGAAGAGACGGACGAAGACGACGGUCCCCGAAGAAGACGUAAGAAUUCCUGCAGACGACGAUCUCUUUACGUAGACUUUGCACUGAUCGCGUACGACGAAUGGGUCGUUGCUCCACCCGGGUACGAAGCCUAUCAGUGCUCUGGGAAGUGCUUUUACCCGUUCGGCGAUCAUCUUAGCCCCACGAAGCAUGCGAUCGUGCAGACGUUGGUACACGGUGCUCUCCAGGCUAUCGAGGGCGGCAGCAAACCUGUUGGCAGAGCUUGCUGCGUACCGACGAGACUAGCGCCUACCAGUCUGCUUUAUCUGGAUGCCAGUGGAACUUUAACUUAUCAGUACGGCUACGAAGACAUGGUUGUUGCCGAGUGUGGCUGUCGUUAAAGUGUUCAAAAUAUAGGUUUAAAAUUAGGCAAUUGAGUAAGGAGAAAAUGAAUUUUUAUGAAAAUUAAGAUAGGUUCUUAAAGAUCGAAAGAAAAGACAUUUUUUAAUCCUUAUAUUUCAAUCAAUUUAUUCCAACGAUUUACUUUGCGUUUCUUUAUGCAAGAUCAGCUUUUAUACCUCUUAUCUCAUAUUCCGACAAAUAAAUUAAAAUUUCUCCAUUUAAUUUAGAAAAUGUAUAAACUUUCCGAUUUCCAUUUCUCUUCAAUACAUUCUAUAAAUUCCAGAUCUGCCUUCUUCCAGCUCUUCCUAUAUAUAUCAUAAAAUAUAAUAUCUUUCAACAUAUAAUAUUCUCUGAACUAGCAAUAUCUGAAUAAAAAUAUUCCUUGUAUAAAACAUGCAUUACAUUAAGUUUCAUAAAUUAUAAAUUCAU